AUGGACUUCCAUGUGUUCCCUACUGAGCCUGUUGCAGGAGUUUAUUAUAUACAACGCAGGUCGAUGAACUACUCGACCGUCUUCAUGACCCCAGUCGACGACAUCCCAUUACCUAGUCCAGCUUAUUAUGCUACGAUACAUUCAUCCCAGCCGUCUAUUCGAUUAUACUGCGAGCCCUUUGAAGGAGACAGCCCGGUCGGCGAGGUUCGCGUCUCCGAGUCUGCAUCUCGCACCGACCUUGUGGUAGAGCAGUCAUCAUAUACGCUCACCACUGCGCCCGGAUUUAGCGGCUACAAUCUUGAGGGCUCUCCUCUAGGCUUACUUAGAUGGGUGAAUGGCUCCCGCCCAAGGUUGUUCAUGGAGCUGGUCAACGUUUUAGACAGGCGGCUGGCCAGAGUUGUGGACGACGACAUACUGCCACGGAUGAGGCUGGAGUUUUACACGUGGUUCGGCGAUGGCUUCCUGCACCUAGACCUCGUCGUUCUAUCGUGCCUCGCGGCAAUGCAAGCAAACAAACGAAAUGCAAAUGGACUAGUGAAUACUUUACAGAUAUAG